AUGUCAGCCUACAAUAUUAAGGGCAGGUUCGCCGUUGUCACAGGCGCUGGUUCUGUCAUUAUUGCCGACAUUCAUUUGAGGCCUGAAGCUGAAGCGACUAUUGCCAAAUAUCCCAAAGACGCUCUUGCUUCUCGUGGCGCCUACGCGAUCUUCCACAAGACAGACGUUUCCGACUGGAACCAAAUCAGCUCACUGUGGGCGGCCGCACUCGAAAUCUUCCCGCAUAUCGACAUUGUCUGCAAUGGCGCGGGUGUCUAUGAGCCUCCAUCAAGCUGUUUCUGGAAUGCCCCUGGGGUUUCUCCUCUUGCACAAGACCCUGUUGAUGCCAAAGUCGGCCAGUACAAGACUUUCGCGGUAAACACCAUUGGGCCAAUUCGGUUGGCUCAAAUCGCCAUUGACUAUUGGCUUCAAAAUCGCAAUAUCGAAGGCAACCUCCUUUGGAUCGUAAGUUUGGGCCGUUACGUGCACUCAAUGCACACGCCGAUGUACUUUGCCAGCAAAGCUGCAAUCGUCAGCAUGGUCAAGAGUCUUGGUGGCCUCAGAAAGGAGCUGGGUAUCCGGAACGCUGCAACUCCCAUUUUUCAUCCAGAGUAUUGCUGUGACAGAGUGCGUCCGGGCGAUCCGACUCUCACUCCACAGCAAUGCGCUGCUGUCCUGAUGCGUGUACUUUGCGAGCCUGAAUUUGGCGACGGAAAUGUUGUGGAGACGAUGUUAGUUGGAAGCAAGGAUGACAACUCUGUCAGUGUCAGGGAGGUCCCACUGCAUCUGCUAUAUCCCACGGCCGGGCCCGAGGGACAGGACAACCACCUGUUGGAAGAGGAGGUCAAGAUGGUCAAGCAACUCAAAAAGAGUGGCAUGCGGGCCUAA